AUGUCAACUCAUCACCCCACGUUUGGCACAUCUAGUGGGAUAGGAAGUGUUUUCAAAUCAUUAACCAAAUCAUUCAAACCUUCGUCAUCAUCAUCCCUAUCAUCUUCAUCAAAUACCAAAAAUGUACCAGUCACCAUCAACCCAACAGUUGUAGGAGGAGACCAAAAUUUGCAAAAGAUACUUGAUCAACUACUAUCAAGUUCAUCCUCUCCGCCAUCUCAGUCUCAAGCUUUGGAACAACUAACUGAAAGUGUUGAAAGAUUUUCCCUUUCAUCAAUUCAAGAAAUAUGGUACCUUGUACGACAUUUCUGCGACCCAAGACAACCACGUAAUAUUAGAAGACAAGCCUUCAAAUUGUGUAUUGCAUGUAUUGAAAAGGAUGAUAAUUCGAUGGGCGCGAGGACUCGUUACUUCAGUGAUGUGUACAAGUACACUCAGUUUACCAAACACCAUUUUGAUCCGGAAUUCACAUUGAUUUUGAAAGCAUUGAGUACCUUGUGUAAGGAAGGGCAUGAUAUUCAUGAUUUUAUCAUUUUUGAAGACCAUAGAAACUUGAUUAGAUGGUUUACAAAAGCAGUGGAUACUUUAGUUUCAGUUUCAAAUGAUGACAAUAGAGAGAUUCACCACAUAGAUGUGCAAAUUAGUAAUUGUGUUGAUUUGUUGCAUUUUUUAACCAACUGUUUAAAAUUCAACCAUGCCACGUUAAAAGACUUUGCUAAUGCAAAUGUGUCAAAGCUUGCUUCUUUGCAAACAACAGAUGCGCUGCUACUUCGAGCCAUAGUUGAUUUUUUCAACUGUAUUACUUCGUUUAACAAGUUGAAGAAAGAAAACAUAUCUCAGAUUUUAAAGUUUUUGGCAUUUGCUCACGAACAAUCAACUGACCCGGAUAUAAAGAAACGAGCACUUGAAACAAUUGAGAAUAUGUGUGAUGAAAGCACAUCAGUAUUCAUUGGCACUACAUUGUGUGGUCAAAUCUCUGACCCCUCACUUAAGCAACUUUCCAAUGAGUCUCAUCCGGCAAUCUCUAUUUGUCUUGGCUCUUUAGAUUUGAUAGAGCUAUUACGAGUCAAGAUCAGAUUAGAAAAGAUUAAAUUUGAGUUCCCACUGUUUUUUUAUCUUUCUUCCCUUUUACAUGCUUUGCAAAUGAAGAUACCCUUGAUUGGUAAAAGAGUUUCGAAAAUGUUGGCGGCUGCUUUGGACGGUCUGUUUUACAAGAACUACCUUGGCAGAGAAAGCACUGGACUUUUCAAUGAUAUUUUCCCAUUCCAAGUUUGGUAUUCUGAGGGUUGUUCAAUGUUUGAUAUACUUGAUUCAAUUCAAGUACAUGACGAGGAAGAUGAAUACCUAAUGGAGAGCAUAUGUGACUCAUUAAAGAACCUAUAUCAAUCGCACGAAAUGACUGUUCCUAAAGAUAAAAUGUUGGAUUUUUUCGUCAAGAAAAGCUCACACAUCUCUGAAGACGUAGCUUUAUUUGUCUUGCAAGGUUUCCAAGAAGAGAAAAGUUGCAUCUUGUUGAACCCGUUAUGGUAUGAAACGUCGCUUAGAUUGUUGAGGCAUUUUUAUAUUGGUAAUCGCAGUGUCCCGGUAAGAUUGAAAUGCAUUGAGGUGAUUUACGAAGCAUUCAAGGUGUCAAUGCUAGUAUUUGAGCCAAAGAAUUACAACUAUGACAUCUUUUUGCGGGUAUUCAAACUAUCGAUUGAGGAAACUGAUGAGAUCUUGCUUCAGUAUCUAUGUGGUGAUAUCUUGACGACACUACUUGCUGAAUCCUUGUCGGACGUGUUUUUUGAACUCACGUCUUUGUUGAAACCUUUAUUUGAAAAGAAACUGGCCCCUCCAAAGGAGAUCAUCAUAACAAGAGGUUACAUGAGCUCUAAACCGGCCGCUCCCUCGACUCCCAAGGCAUCUGCGGAAUUUUUAGUCUAUUCAACUAGGGCUAUUUGCACAGCAUUCACAACCUCACCAGCAUCUAGAAAAGAGGAUUGCUAUAAUUUAUUGAUAUUAAUUGCAAACACAACACAGAAUGGAAAAGUUUUGCUUACAAUUGCCAAGUGUCUAACAAGACUCAGAGCAACUGCGGAAAACUAUGUAUACCUCACCAACCCUCAAGAUAUGGUGGGAUUGGCGUCUGCAUUUAAGAGGGAUAAUGUCACACCAACUGCUGGCCAGUUGUGGACGUAUCCUGAAACAGUUGACUAUAUUUCUGCUAAGUACCUCGAUAAGCCAAAAGAGGAACUACAAAUUCUUACCCCCGAAACGAAUGAACAUUCUGCGGAUGUCUAUUACAUUGACAUCAAAAAGUGGCUCAAGGUAAUUUUGCACAUUGUGAGUAACUUUGUUGAAUGGGAAGUUUAUUCGUAUGUGUGGGCACAUUCUUGUUCUCAGUUGUCAAAUAUGCAAUUGUUCAUGCAUUGUGAUGAGGAAGUCCUCGAAUUUAAAACAAUUGUAUGCAAUCAGUUGACUUUAAAACUACCACAAGAGUUGGUAUUCCCCAAAAAUGGCGAUAUUACAAAAGCUGAUUUACAAGUUGCUUUGGUUAGAACAUUCUCAUCACUCAUUGGCUAUCACGAUUUAUUUCUGAAGGCAGAUGAAGAUCAAAUUACAUCGAGUUUAAUAUUUGGAUUGGGAUCAUGGGAAAAAACGGCUAUUCCGUGUAUAAAUAUCCUUACUAUAUGCUGUUAUGAGAUUCCUUUAUCGAUCAAGAAAUACCUCACUUUGAUUUUGACGAAAUUGCAAACACGAGUCACUAGUGCAAAUGCAAGUACGCACACUUUGGAGUUUCUUAGUUCGUUGGUUCAUUUACCCAUUUUGGUAUCCGAUUUCACCAUGGAGGAAUUCAAACGUGUUUUUGGAAUCGCAUUCAAGUAUAUUCAAUAUGCACGUGACACUGAGUUGCGUAAUCCGGACAAUGUUGUUGUGCCUAGUGUGCAACAGCAUGGAGUUGACGCAGAAGUGGAAGUGACACCAUCAACCAAAACAAAAGGUCUUUCAUCUUUCAUGCUGCAGUACAUUCUCAUAUUAUCGUACAAUGUUAUUUCGAGUUGGUUUGUCAAGAUUGAAAUGAGUGAACGGAAAAAGAUUUCGUCGUUUUUGAUCAAGCAAUUGAUUGCAUCUGAUCAAUUGAGUGGAUCGCAGCAACCUAGUGACCAAACAAUUGGGUUUUUGGACUUUGUUAGGAAAUUUACAUUUAGUGAUUUGCCAUUAAAGGUCAAAAAUUCUACAAAAAAGCGACAAAAUAGUGACCAUGACCAUACUGUGUUGAAUCGGUGGAUGGUUGGAUGUUCAGUAGUCAGCAUUGAAACAGAAGUGCAUCUGGGUGAUACGGAAAUUUUGAUUAGAAAACCAACUGGGGUUAGCAAAUUGAUUGUUGAAUUGGAUCACGAGACACAAGUACUGAAAAAAUCACCUGAAGUUAUUGAUCCAAGUUACUAUUUGUUGCAGUUGUUUGAUUCUAAAGUGAAGCCUAUUCCAAUGUUGGAGGAUCCUGUUAUUGCCAGAGGACUAUCAGUCUUGGAUCGUAUACCCAGUGUUGAAUUCCACAAAAUUGGUAUUGUUUACGUUGGUGACAAACAAUCCACAGAAACCGAAGUGUUUUUAAACAAAGUCGGCUCCUUGAAUUAUCUCAAGUUUUUGGAUAAAAUUGGUGUUCUUGUGAGGUUGAAAGACAAUAGGGACAUAUAUACUGGUGGGUUGGAUACCGAAAACGACAUGGAUGGUGAGUAUGCAAGGUGUUGGAGUAGUAAGUUGACCCAAGUCAUAUUUCAUGUAACUACAAUGAUGCAUCGAGAUGAUGAUCCCACCAUUACUAAUCCCAUGGGCAAUGGAUUGAUAUCAAACACGAUUGAAAAUCAAAAGAUUAUCGAUUUGAAGAAACGCCACAUUGGGAACAAUUAUGUCAAUAUAUUCUUUGAUGAAUCAGGCAAUCAAGAUUUCAACUUCAAUUUGAUCAAGAGUCAAUUCAAUUUCUUAAAUAUUGUCAUAUCGCCCCAAACUAUGCAAACUAAAAGAUCGACAUCUUUUCUACACUCACAACAUCAACGGAGAAAAUUUUUCAAAGUCAAGACAUUUAGACGAGCUGGCGUUCCGGCGAUUUUUGCAACUUGUCAUUUCAAACUUGUGAGUGAAGACCAAUUACCGUAUCUUGUUCGAAGUGUUGCUAUCUUGGCUAGUGAAUUUGCCAAUGUAUGGCAUGCAAGUGACAUGUCGGGGAAAUACGUCACCAACUGGGCACAACGAGUUAAACAAUUGCGAUUAUUGUAUGACAAGUCAUUGGAAAAUGCUGAAAAGGAAAAAAGUCAUGACUUGAAUGAAAAUUUUGAACAAACUGCAAUUGCAGAGUUGUAUAAUACAUUUGAGUUUAAUUCUUUUACAUUAUAG